GCGUGUGGGCGAGGGGCUACUUCAUGGGUGGGCUAUAUUGGGGCUCGUUUGUGGUUGCCAGCGGUGUGUGGGGCGGGCUGCAGUGGUCUGGGCGGAAGGAGGGAGUCACGGGCAGCAGCAUAGCGGACGAGGCAGAGGAGACCGGGACGGGGACGGGGACUGGGACGGGGAUGGCGACGGGGAUAGGGAUGGGCAAGGACAAGGGGAAUGGCAUGGCUGAGGUCGAGGUGCCUGCUGGCUUUGCUGCCUUUCAGCGCAACUAUCUUGUUGUAUAUCUGUUGGCCAUGUUUGUGGAUUGGCUCAAGGGUCCGUAUGUGUAUGUCCUGUACGAGUCGUAUGGCUUCUCCAAGGGUGACAUUGCGCUGCUGUUCAUCGGAGGGUUCGGGGCGUCGAUGGUGGCAGGAACGGUGGCGGGGGCCCUGGCAGACUCGCUAGGGAGGAAGAAGAUGGCACUGGUGUUUGCAGCGUGCUACGCAGUCGCCGGUCUGACCAAGGUCUCGGCGUCGUUCUCGGUUCUUAUGAUCGGCCGCAUCCUGUCGGGCGUGGCCACAUCGCUGCUGUUCUCGGUCUUUGAGGCUUGGAUGGUGUGCGAGCACAACGCGCGCGGAUAUCCUCCGGCACUGCUGAGCCAGACCUUUUCGCGAGCCACCACAGGCAAUGGGCUUGUGGCGGUCGCCGCCGGACUGGUGGCAAUGGCGGCCGCAUCGACCUUUGGCUACGUGGCGCCGUUUGUGCUCGCGCUCGUUCCGCUGGCGGUGCUUGCCGGCAUUGUGAGCCGGACGUGGAACGAGAACUACGGCGACGCUACCAUCGAGGUGAGCGAGUCGCUGCGGCGGGCGGUGGGCGUCCUCGCUGCCGCGCCACAUCUGGUGUGUCUCGGCCUCGCCCAGGCCCUCUUUGAGGGCGGCAUGUACACCUUUGUGUUCAUGUGGUCGCCGGCGCUGGCCACCGAAGAGACCCGCGACGUUCUGCCGUACGGGGUCAUCUUUGCCGUUUACAUGGUGUGCAUCAUGAUUGGCUCGGCGCUGUUCAACGUGGUUGACGCAUCGACGCUCCCGCUCCCGCUUCUCCUGCAUGGCGCCGCCAUUGGGAGCAUGCUCUCCGUCCCUGCAUUCUUUGACGCCAAGCCGCUGGUCUACCUCGCGUUUUGUGGCUUUGAGGUGGCGUGCGGCAUGUUCUUUCCCACGUAUGGUACGCUGCGCUCGGCGCACAUUCCAGAAGCAACCCGGUCGACCAUGAUGAACCUCUUCCGCAUUCCGCUCAACGCCUUUGUCCUCAUCGUGCUCAUCAAGGUCAAGCACAUGCCAGUCACCACCGUCUUUUGGAUCUGCGCCUUGGCUCAUCUCGGCGCUCUCGCCUGCUACAUUGUCUUUGCUUCGCGCGCCACCGUCUACGCUCGCGCGCGUCAUGCCGAGAAACAUGGACCGUGACCCG